CAUCAUCAUCCUUAUUUAAAAGCAGCAGCAACAGCAGAGGCAGCAGCCCCAGCUGCUGGAAUUUGAAAGUGAGUCCGACUCCAGGCAGGGCCUCCCAGCCCGAUGCGGACUCUGAAAGCCUUCCUCUCCCACGCCAGCCCACAACUCUUCACCUGCCACCCCCACGAGGGUGCUUACCCCAGAGGUGCUCACCUCCGGGGCUGGGAGACCGCAUCCGAUCGGUCCCAAACCCCGCCCGCAGCUGGUAGCGCAGGGGUGGGGAGGCCCCGCCCUCGGCCCCGCCCCCUGCCCGCCCCUCCCUCUCGGGGUCCAGGGCGCGAGCUGCGGCGGCGGCGGCCACCGUCGCUGGCGCGGAGCUGUUCGGGCUGACUGGACGGGGCGGGCGUCCCGGGCAGAUUAGCGGGGUACCUCCCGCCCCACGCGCCCAGCCGGCAAAGGACACUGGACCCGGGUCGGGGGUCGCGGCCGCUCCAGCGAGAGCCGUGAGCACUGCCACCUGCUCACCCACUCUCCCUGGCCCCAGAGCACAGUCCGUGCUGGUGGGAGUGUGACAACUGGCCGCCCAGCAACGGUCCAGGAAGAUGAGUGCCUGCGGGAGGAAGGCCCUGACCCUGCUGAGCAGCGUCUUUGCUGUCUGUGGCCUGGGCCUCCUGGGUAUCGCGGUCAGCACUGACUACUGGCUGUACCUGGAAGAGGGUGUGAUUGUGCCCCAGAACCAGAGCACUGAGAUCAAGAUGUCUCUGCACUCAGGCCUCUGGCGGGUCUGCUUCCUUGCAGGUGAGGAGCGGGGGCGUUGCUUCACCAUUGAAUAUGUGAUGCCCAUGAACACCCAGCUGACAUCUGAGUCCACGGUCAAUGUUCUGAAGAUGAUCCGCUCAGCCACACCAUUCCCUCUGGUCAGCCUCUUCUUCAUGUUCAUUGGGUUUAUCCUGAGCAACAUUGGACACAUCCGUCCCCACCGGACGAUACUGGCCUUUGUCUCUGGCAUCUUCUUUAUCCUCUCAGGCCUCUCUCUCGUGGUGGGCCUGGUGCUCUACAUCUCCAGCAUCAACGACGAGAUGCUCAACAGGACCAAGGACGCAGAGACCUUCAACUACAAGUAUGGGUGGUCGUUUGCCUUCGCCGCCAUCUCCUUCCUUUUAACGGAGAGUGCCGGGGUGAUGUCUGUGUACCUGUUCAUGAAGCGGUACACCGCGGAGGACAUGUACAGGCCCCACCCUGGCUUCUACCGCCCUCGGCUGAGCAACUGCUCCGAUUACUCAGGCCAGUUCCUACACCCAGACGCCUGGGUCAGGGGCCGCAGCCCCUCCGACAUCUCCAGCGAGGCCUCCCUUCAGAUGAACAGCAACUACCCCGCCUUGCUCAAGUGCCCUGACUAUGACCAGAUGUCCUCUUCGCCCUGCUGAGCCUCGGCCUCCCCCCUCCCUGGACUGUGGGCGGCCAAACAACCCUUCCUGUUCUCUCCAGGUGACCCCUGAGCCCCAGGCCUGUGGUUGACAGGCCCAGGCCACCCACGCUUAGAUGUUGUCACUUGACCCCAGUCCUCUCCCUGCUUCUCCAGAAGGGCUCUAACCGCCCCAGCGUGGGUGUGGGAGUCUGGAGUCUGCGGGCAAGCUGAUUGUCUGGGAACAUGGGAGAAGCCCCGCCCAUGU